AAUGAAACUCAGGUUCUCCAGAAACGAAAUCAGUACUGAGAGUGGAGUAAUCAGUCCACCCCACAGAGGUGUCUACAGCACAGCCAGCCAACUCACAGUAAGCUUCAAGCCCCAGCCUGAGUUUCAUUGGAGCAGCUCUUAGGAAGAAUUUCAGCUUGGGGACAGAAUGGCUGCUGAGAAAAUGAACAUCACUGUUGAUCGUGAAAGCCCUUCUGCUGAGGUGGUUCUAGAUGUAGGAGAAGUCACUCUUGGGAUAAAAAGUAGGAAGGAAAUGCAGGAUUCUCAGAGGAAACAACAGAAUACAAAUAUUUUAACAGCUGUGUGUGCUCUGCUGAAUUCUAGAGGGGGAGUGGUCAAGGCUCAUAUUGAAAAUCAGGACUAUAAUUUCAACAAACAUGGACUAGGGGAAGAUUUGGAUACCUCUUUCAAGGCUAUUCUGCCACUUGCUCAGAACCACCUAGACUUCAAGCAAGAAGAAUACUUCUUUUUCAUCUCUGUGAAAUCACACAGUCUGGAUAUCUCUGGUUUGCAGCUUGCCACCAUUGCAACCAAUUUGUAUAUGAGAAAUGGAGCCUCCUGUGUUCAAAUGGACUUGGAUACUGCUCUGCAAUUCUUCAUAGACAUAGCCAACCCUGGAUUAAGAUCUCCAAUAAAAACAAGUUUGCUUGACAAAAGGCCUGGUGAAGACAUGCAAGAUCUCCACGUGCAAGAAGAGCUGCACGUGCGAGAGCUGGCUGCUGCUUUUUUUGACCAAACAGUACUCACAGAAAUGGCAGAAUUCUCCUUUAGCGAAUCCAAAAAUGUUGAAUAUAAAUCAUUUGAAACAGAUAAGUUGGUACAACGAGUUAAAGAGAUUCUCCCUCUAAUUGUCUCUGCAUUUGCCAACACGGACGGAGGAUAUCUGUUUAUUGGUUUGAAUGAAAAGAAAAAACAAAUAAUUGGCUUUAAAGCAGAUGAGAGAAAACUUGAGGUGCUAAGGAGUGAAAUAGAGAAGUGCAUUGGACACCUGCCUGUCACUCACUUCUGUGAGGAGGAGGAGAAGAUAAAGUACACAUGCAAAUUCAUCCAAGUCCACAGACAAGGAACUGUGUGUUCAUAUGUCUGUGCUCUCAGAGUGGAGAGAUUUUGCUGUGCUGUGUUUGCUGCCGAGCCCAAUUCCUGGCACGUGGAAGGCAGCCGUGUGGAGAGAUUUACCUCAGAGAAAUGGGUGAAGCUCCAGGUGGCUGGCAGGUUAAGGUCAGGAGGGAAAUUAACAUCUAGAAUACAUUUAGCCAGUUAAGUUGGAAGACUUUCUCUGGGUUUUGGAGCAAUAUCAUUAGUCCUGACUUUACUUGGUGAUCCACAGUGGAACCCUGAAGUCUCAGCUGCUUCUGCCAUCUCCCUGGGGCAUGGAUCACUCUCAUCCUGGAUAUUACUUCAGGGUGUAGGCUCUGUCCCAGGUAGUAGGCAUUUCUUCAGCCAUCCUUGCCUCAUUUGUUUGCUGUUUCCCUCCCCACCCCUUUCCCGUUGACUUUUCUCCCUGAACCCUCUUCCCUUUCAGUAACAUUAUUAGACAAUAGACAGCCCUAGAGUUCAUGAUGAGAAAUGUGCCUUGCUGGUGUGUCAGGUUUGCAAAAGAAAAGCCUCUAAUGAGGCCAGACCAGCACCAGUAACUCCGAGUCUGCGCUGUUCCCAGCAGCUGCUGCCAUUUCCUCCCAGCUCACCACUGCUUCACUGGCCUCCCAUCUUGUGUUUUCCACAGCUUUUCAAUAAAUAGAUAAACAAAUAAAAGCUCACAGUUUUCACUUUAAAUGACAAACCCCCUAUGGGAAACCAUGGCGCUACUAAAUCCAACCAAAAUGAUUUCUCUUAAGUACUAAAAACUUUUCUCUAAAACCUAACAUUUACUCAAGUGACUUACAUAGCACGAGUUGUUUAGAGAAAUGCAUUAUCUACACUAAGAAAUUUAAAAACAUAAUUGUCACCAAAAAUUCUAUAGGACCGCUCUACAGAAAGAUUAAAAAGUAGAGAACCAUGAAAGAAAACCCAUUCUUGUUCUGCCUAAGCCAACAGGACAAACAGCAGUUGUUUUUCAUUUUACUUGUCUCUAUAUCCAGAUGCAUUUGGGCUGAGUUGUCACUCCGCCCGUUGCCCAUUUGGGCUGAUGUUCCACAGGCCCUGCCCACUCUGCAGUCUCCCAGAUGGUAGACAAAGCAUCUUCCAGGUCACAGCCUAGGCACAGCAGGUCCUUGGUGCCUAUGAGCAGGGAGGGGCUGGCAGUGCAGCAUGUCCUCUGUGCCACAGCCUGAGCUCAGGCCUGUGGGAGAGGAAGAGGGUGUGGGUUAACAUUUCACUUCAUAAAGUCUUAAAGCCCAGGGCCAGGGAGCGUUCCAGCACUUCAGGGGACUUGACCGCAGAGCAAAGCAAGAUAGAAAUAUUCUUCCCUCAUUUCCCCCAUGGGUCACUGUGAGAAGAUGGCAUGGGUGACGAUUAUGUCUUCCAUGAAGAGCGAAGUUGCCAGGUGCAGAAUCCAGGAGAUGUAAGCAGAUCCCGGCUUGCCCAAUGUUUCUAGACGGUGGUCGCAUAUGCCACCCCAAUGUAUGCUGUUUUAUUUGAGUUAAAUAAAGGCAGCUAAAAAGCUGCAGAUGCAAGAGGAACAAUCUCAUUCUUUCUCCUCCUGCAAACAGGAGAGGAAAACUGCCUCGUGCAAGAUGCCCUCCUUGUAGCAAAGAAACAUGCUUCCGUGGGAAUCUCGGGGAAGAGCAUUCUAUAGCAAUCACCUUUCUUAUUUAUAUUCCCUCUCUCGCCCCAUCUUCCCUUUGCCCCUUCCUUCAUAGUCUCCCAUCCCACGUCCUUUUCUCCCUCCUCUUCUUAUUCUCUUUUCCUCCUUUCCCCUCAGUCCCCUCCUUUCUUCCUUCCACAUAAAUCUGGUUUCUUCAUGAGAGAAAAUCACCCAUAUUUCUCAUUCCAGGACUGGUUUAUUUCUUAUUUCUUAUUUUUUUUUCUUUUUUGGUUUUUUGAGACAGGGUUUCUCUGUGGCUUUGGAGGCUGUCCUGGAACUAGCUCUUAUAGACCAGGCUGGUCUCAAACUCACAGAGAUCCACCUGCCUCUGCCUCCCGAGUGUUGGGAUUAAAGGCGUGCGCCACCAAGCCGGCUAAGACUGGCUUAUUUCACUCAACACGAGGAUCUCAAGUUACAGCCUCUCUCUCGGGAAAGACGACAUCACUUCAUUUUCAUGUGGUUAAGUUAACCCUCAUUGUAAACAAAGUCACAGUUUCUUCAUCUAUUCCUCUGUUGAUGGGCAAGUGUCCUAUUUCCUCAUCUGGUCUACUGUGAACAAUUCUCCAGGUGACAUGGAUGUGCCUGUGUCCCUGCCAUCUACUGACUUGGAUUCCUCCAGGCUUGGACACAGGAUUAGUGCAGACUCAUCCUGUGGUAGGUAUUUUGUUUUGUUUUUCAGUAAUCUCCACACAGUUUUGUUUCAUGAUUGCCCUAAUUUACACAUACAGUAAACUGUUAUUAUCCUCCAGGGAAUGGAUCAGGGCAAGAAAAUGAAGAGAUGAAUAUUUCUGUUGUUGUUAUUCUAGUAUUUGUUAAAAAAUAAUUUUUAUAUUUCUUAACAAUUUUAUACAUUGGACAAUGUAUCUUGAGCAUAUCAAACUCCAACUGCUCCUGAGAUGUGUCCUUCCCAUCUUCCCCUCAUCAUUUUAAAACAUAAUCCACUAAGACCAGUAACUGUUGCCCACUUAAGCAUGGGCAAGCUAGCAGGAGCCACAUCUCUGAACAAAAGUGAUUGCCCCUUGUGCUGGAUAGUUUUAUGUCAGCCUGAUACCAGCUAGUUAUCUGAGAGACGAGAACCUCAAUUAAGAAAAUGUCUCUUAACAUAAGAUUGGGCUGUCAGUUUUCCUGUAGGACAUUUUCUUAAUUUGUGAUUGAUGGAGGAGGGCCGGCCAUCCCUGCACUGGUGGUCCUGGGUUCCAUAACAAAGCAGGCUGAGCAGCCAUAGGGAGCAAGCCAGGAAGCAGCACUCUGCUAUGACUCUGCCUCGGCUCCUGCCUCCAGGUUCCUGCCCUGUUUGAGUUCCUAUCCUAAUUUCCUUCAAUUACGGAUUACAAUGUGGAAGUGUAAGCCAAAUAAACCCUUUCCUCCCCAA